AUGGCCGCUCGCAGCAAGAGGUCCGCUGACGAGCGGAGAUUGGCAAUUUUACGAGAAAUUGCAAAUGAAGGAGCUAACAGAAACUGUUUGGAGUGUCAUCAGCGAGGUCCCACCUAUGUCGACAUGACUAUAGGCUCGUUCGUUUGCACCAAAUGUUGUGGAUUGCUACGAGGUCUGAACCCUCCACACCGGACCAAGUCGAUCACGAUGACGAGUUUCACGGACGAAGAAAUCGAUUUCAUCAGAAAUCGUGGCAACGAGUUCAAUCGGUACGUUUACCUCGGGACAUAUGACGAGAGAUCUAAUUUGGAAAAGGAGAGCCUGAGAGAAGACCACAAGAUUCGUGAAUUUCUGGUGCAGAAAUACGAACGUAAGAGAUGGUUCGUAGACCCAGAGAUCGCUCAACAUAAAAUGCAGCUGGACAGACGGCAGAAAGCUGCCGCCGAACAAGGCGUCAGUUUGACAGGAGGCUCCGUAUCGAUGCCCUCGAAACCACCCGCAACCUUCGCAACACGUUCACAGCCUGUGACUCCCGCAGGUGGAGAGCUCUGGUCGCCUCUCCCGAGCCACAGUGCAACGAGCACUUCAUUCGCAGCGGAUAUGUUUGGCUUUUCCAGAGAUCCCGCACCUAUGGCCGUCGUGGGCCAACCGAAAAGUUCGACAUCGUCUGUGCCUUCAAGGGACAUUUUCGACCCCUUCCAAUCGGCUUCGAGUCAAGCUCUGACGACAGCGAUUUCGGCGCCACCGAAAGUGCAAGCGAAAGCGACUGCAAACGAUUUCGCGGAUUUCGAAUCGGCAUUCGGAGGACCAGCACCCGAAAUUCCGCCUCCGGCGGUCCACAGUCAAGCCCUUCCGACAAUGUUGCCAAUGCGACCGACGACGGAAGCGGUUGUGACGAAAGACGAGCCCAAGACUCAAGUUCCUCAGGCGGACCGAUACGCAGCACUCGCGGAAUUGGACGAAAUGUUUAGCGGACAGAAAACCGAUACCUCCACAAACUUCGCUGAUUCUGCGAAAGCGAGCGAUCCAUGGAAUAAUCAGCAAACGAGCGCGGUUGUGCCCCCUUCGAAUCCCUUUUCCCCCUCUGGACCGCUCCCGUCCUCGACGACAUCGACGACAAACCCCUGGGGAUCGCCAGCUGCGUCACAAUCGAGCACCGCUGCAACGACGUCUCCGAACCCGUUCGCCAUGGCCAACAAAAGUUGGGGUGGAACCUCCCCGGUGCUUAAGGAUCGCAUCACUCCGACCGGGGCCGUGAUGGGUGUCACUUCGGGACUGGCUGGUAUGCAGCUUAACGGCCAAAUGACUCCCUCGAACGGUGGUUGGUCGAACGGAAGUCUCCCUAUCGGAUCGAAUACUUUCCUUCAAAAUACUCCUCGACAAGUUCAAAACGCCUUCCCGGUCUCGUGGGGAGCUCAGCCUUUCGUCCAAAACGGGUUGAAGCAACAGCAGCCGCAACCGGACAACUGGGCUGUUUUCGGCCAGCAUCAGCAACCUCAGUGGCCUAACGGGUCAGCGACGACGCCAUCAACGACAACGAAUAAUUGUUGGGCUGGAACGAACGGGGCCAAUAGUACCAAUUUCGCUGAGGUUUGGCCUCAACAGAUUCCGAAUAGCGCCUCCUCGCCCUCGAUUGCCGCGCGUAGUACCAGUCCUACGGCAAACCCGACGCAACCAAACAAAGUCCUACCACAAUCUCUUUCGCUGCAUUCCCCAUUUGCUACAUCAAACGGAUCUAGUGGAAUCUCUAACGGCUCAAGAUACGUGAAUCCGUUUGCUGCGAAUGGUGCCAGUGGGGUUUCAACCGCCGCCCGAGUCUGUUCAACAAGUAAUCCCUUCCUGUGAGGGGCGAGAUUCGACGAAAAAUCGCUCUCUCUUGCGCAGCCAUCUUCAAUUAUCUUUGUCCGAGACUAGGUUUCUGAGGUCAGCAGUAUGAUCGCCCUUCUUUCCUUCCUGCAGUCCAAUCCCCAUUUUGUUUACUCUAUUGUUUGUUCUCACUCCGAUAUGACGUCUCUGUCUCUAGGGGGUUAUUGUCUUACAAGUGCCAGCCAUACUCCCCUCACAUUGUCACAGAGUAGUCAGCGAUUUUGUUGAUUAUCAUUUAGGGAACCCUCUCGUCUCCCUUCUGCCACCGACUGCGCUGUAUCUAAUGAACAGAUCUGGGAUCCGCGAUCCGUAAUAAGGCUUCUGAGCGAUGUUGAUGUCGUCAUCGGCCUUCCCGUCGGAAACUUGCGGACGGACUUCCGCGAGAACUUGAACUUUUGGAUGAGCUGAUUCGAACGGAUCAUUGGAGAUGGCGAUCGUCGACGACGAGGCUGACGACCUCUUCUACGAACAUUCGAGAAAUUCAUUCUUAGUGAAUUCCCUCUCAUUUUCCGACUUCUUAUUCCGCUGUUCAUGUGCGACACAAUCAUAGCGACAGCAACGCGGCCUCUUAGUAGCGCCAACAUUGUGUACAGUUCACAUUUUUCGUAUUGUGUUAUGUAUUUAAGAAUCGGACGAAUCGAGUGAGAGAAGUAAAGGCAAACUUAGACUUCGUAUCACAAAGGCCACAAGAAACUCACGAAGAUCACACGAGGGAAUCCAGGGAGCAGAACAACGAUUUCAAUCUGCUUCCGCAGUAGUCCGCGAAACCAUCUCCUCGAGAAUGAUCGAUGCCCCGAGUGACGCAGCGAGCGUCGUUCAACGAAACAUCGAAUCGAUAUCAACCGAAACUUGAGAUCGUGAAGAGUAUGAUGAAUAUAUUUUGAAUCGCUCCGAACACAAUGGGAGAAGAGAGAAACAAGCCUGUCCGAUCAGGCUCUGAACUCUAUGGAUCGGAGAACGUCAGGACAACGUUUUCAUCAACGUUUUCCGAACAGAGCUAAUGAAUUGAUUGAAUGAGAAAGCGAAUCGAUCGCGAAUGCCACAAGCCUAGGAAGGUACAGAUUAUAAAUUAACUACAAUCGUGAUUACAGAGGAACCAACUUAAUAAAGAGAAGCCGCAACUCGCUGGAAAUGCUCCAGCGAG